AGCGGGACUCAUCCGAGUUUCCUUGUUGAGAAAGCGACUUCUAAAUAAGGAUAUUUAACGCAAGGAUAUAUGAGUCCUUUUUCAACAGGAAACUAUUCACUUCCUGUGUGAAAACUGCUUUGCUGUGCAAGGACCAUAUCGUAAAUCUGUUGUAAAAUGGCUUCAGGCGUUGCACUGACUGACGAAUGUCUCAAUGUUUACUUGGAUCUUCAGUCCAAAAAGAAAUACCGGUACAUCAUUUACAAACUAAGCGACGACUUCAAGGAAAUAGUGGUAGAUUUUGCUGCGCCGCGUGAUGACUCCGAAGACGUAAAAGAGGCCUACGAUGAGUUCUGUGGGAAGCUGUUUGCAGCAGCAGAUGCGGGUAAGGGCCGUUACGGUGUGUUCGAUGUGCAUUACCAGAUCGACAGCCGAGAGCUGGACAAAGUCGUCUUUAUCACGUGGGUGACGGAUAGUCUUCCAAUCAAACAGAAGAUGUUGUAUGCCAGUAGUAAUAAAGCCCUGAAAGCCAAGAUGACGGGAAUCCACACGGAGAUACAGUGUAACGACGCCACUGACCUCAAGCUAGAAAACGUCAUUGCCAAGUGUCGCCAGAAGAGCUACGAGUGAUUACUCGGGGACUGUAGAUCCUUCUCUAGAUUAGCCUUUUUCUAAUUAAUAUGUGACGCAAAUAUUAUUUAAAUUUAACACUUUUGGUUAAUAGAAUAAAGUAGAUGUUCCUUGAAAUUUGUGAAAGCUGUAACAAUAACAACAAUGACAACAAUCUGUAUUUUGUUUUUUGUUGGAAUUUUUGCAGUGUAGUUUAUUUUCUAUUUUGUGAAAAAGAAAGGACACGUUUUGUUGCAAUCAUAAUACGCUAUUCCAAUUUUAUUCUUAUCCAUAUUAACGGUACCAACAGCGUGUUUAAGCAAAGAAGGAAAAUAUUGUAACGAUUAAAAGAAUCAUUUCUCUUA